AUGACUUACAAUGUGCCCCCGCGAGGAUAUAUGUAUGUCAUCCGAACAAAUGAAUUAAUCGAGAACCAUUUACGGGACUUGGGUGCAAGAGAUUGGACCAUUGCGCAACGCCAUGGAUACGAACGGGAAUUACGGCAGCGAGCUUUGCAACUGAUCGACCAGGCAGUUGCGAAUUAUCCAGAGGAUGUUCACUUGACUGGUUAUAUGGCAGAUCUUAAUUGGUAUUAUGAGUAUGGUGACAAAAGGGUUCCGUUUCCUUACCCAUCACCAGCAGAAAAUGCGAGGAACUACCUAAUCAAAAAUCCAAGCGUCAAUGUUCGCGGCUCUAUUCGAGAUUCUACUCUACCCACGACACGAGGCGGACGAGUUGGUGAUGUUCAGGAUGGACAUGGUAGUGCGCACAAAAGUGACUUUGUUGAGCAAGUUGAUGUAACACUAUCAGAUCUAUCUACACCUCUCCCAACAACUAUUAAGAGCUCUAUUCAUCAUCAAGCUUCAUCAAGCAGCGGAGGUGGAUCUAUGUUUGCAAAACAACAAACUUCGGUUCAUAACUCAAAUGGCACAUGGUAACUUUCGCUGGCAGCGUCAUCUCAAUCUGCAACAUCGUCUCGAACUUUAAAACGAUCGAUCGGGGGUUUUGAUACCAGGGAAGACAAAGCAGUUGUAAAAAGAGAGCGAAAGGAGUAAAGACCAGUGGGAGACACAGAAGGCAACCGGCUGAGAAUUUCACUGGGUAUUCGCGACAUAGAGAUUGAUUGAAUAAGACAAUCAUUAUUCUGAAUUUUGUCCGACGAGGAGAAAUUGGGUGAUUUUGAUCUGACCCUCGUCAUAACUUUUCUUCAUAUUUCGCCACUAUUCGGCAGCGCAAACGGUCCAAAUGACAUGGUUUAGUGAUGGACAAGAUGGCUUCUAAAUCGGCAGUAUCGAGUUAGUUCAACAGCGGAAAGGACAGA